GAAACACAGCUGAGUCGGUCAAUUUCCUUUACAGGUUAUCCAAUCAGGCGCAGUCCUAAAAGGAGCACCUUUCUGCACGGUCGCUGUUUCCAUCCAAUCCCCAAUCGAAAAAGAGAAGAAAAAAAACUAGCAUGGACACAAAUGACAUGUUUGGUGAGAUUUAUUAUUCACUUAUUUUAUUGAAAGGGAAUACUCACACUAGCAAAAUCCUUCUAACCUUGUCUGCAAGCUGAAUUAUCGCGGUAUUUGUGAGUAAACAAAAAAUACUGUGACAAACUCAUGUCGGUUUAUUAUCCUUCACGGACUUUAUUAUAUAUAUUUUUUCUAUGUAAUCAACCGUGAAAAUAACGAUCGCCAUAUAGAAUUUGUGCAAUUGUUAUUUUUGUUUGUAGCUGUUUCUAACGGCAGUUGUGUGUUGUUAUUUUAAUUGUAGCAGCUACUUGCUAGCUAAUCCAAGAAACGAGACAGCAGCUAAUUCUUAAGCGACGCAUUUCUUGUUGCUGAUUAGCAGAAACAGAAAAUAUGAUCUGGUCAACAAUAUAGUCAUCUUGUUAGUAGUUUCUCAUCAGACAAUCACGAACCAACCCAUGUUAUUUAAUUAACACGUUCACAUUGAUAAGGAAGGAACUCCGCCCCUGCCAAAUGACAGCGUAACGGGUUGCCUAGCAACAAUCAAAGAGAAAAGAACGUCACCUAUGACGAAUAGCAUCUCUGCCAUGUGGGCUUUUCCGUACAUUUCUCGGCGCACGUUAGUGAAAGAAAAGUUUAGUCAGUGCCUGAUUGAGAUACAACGCCAACAUGGAUUUUGUUGAAGGUAGCAUUGGCAUCUACAGACCCCUUAUGGUAUGUAUAUUCAGGUGUAUAUUUGAAACUGUGAGUAAAGUGCUAAUAUGAGUAUUUUCUUGUUUCCUUUAUAGAAGUUUUUUGACACUCCUGCAUACAAACAAUCAAUGCAGACUUGCUGGAAUGCUGUCUCCUAUAAACUACAAAUCGGAGUCUUGGCAGAACUUUUUAGGCUCCAGCAGAAUAACCUGAUCCCAUCUGAGGUAACUGCUGAUGCAAUGGCUGACCUGCUGGUGGAGGAGACAAAUAAUUCGCUUCGAGUAAAGCUUUGGGAGUUUGAUGUGGAAGAGUGCCAUGAGGCUCAGUCCAAACUGGUUUUUGAGGUGAACAGCAGCAUGAAGAUGAGAGACAUUGAUUUUGAAGCCAGGAGGCUCCUUGAUGCUCCUGAGAUGAUCCCUCCCUACUUAAAACAUAAUAGGAUCCUCCGCAAAGCUCAACAGUUUGCUGAGAGCUUGAAGCAGCAGAAGACCACUUGUGUUCAUCUACUCAGUUCACGUGAGAUGGUGAUAAAGGUUCUUCCAAAAGUCCUGCAGAGCUUUUGGUUGCCUCCUCCAACCACCCCCUUUACCAUGCCAUCCAGAUAUCUUAGCAAAAUGGCCGUCGGAGUGACGCAGGCUGUGUUGGACCGUGUCUCCCUGACAUUGUCCUCUGUCCAAAUCCAAUUCUCCUACUCCAUAAGAGACAAUUUGGUCCUGUCAAUCCAGGAAAAAGUGAGACAGGCUUUCAGUGUGCACGAACUGGUGGAGAGCAUUCACAGCUUUCAACCAGAGUUCUUAAAGACCCUUAUAGAUGUUACAGUUGAAGAAAUCAGUGCACGCUCUGAUCUUUUAGUGUCCCUCACAUCGUCACCAUCUCCAGAUCUGUCCUCAGAGACAGCUUCUCUCCCAGAUGAUGACAACCCGAGUGAGGAGCCAACCACAGAAAAUGACUCAAUCGUCAGCGAAGAAGCUGUUGAUUUACAAUUGGCUCAAUUACUUCCUUCAAGCAAAGAAGAGGAGGAAAUCAGUCAGUAUGUGAAAAUGAGCAUACUCAGUAACAUUUCAAACUGGGUGAAAACAAUAUUUGUCAGAGAGCACAGACUAAGAUCGUAGACUUCUUACAUUUACAUUUAUAAUCGGUGCAUUUGCCUUUGGAACCCAACUCCCGAAGCAGGUUAUUGCGAGUCAUUCAAAUAAUUUGAUGCAUGGCGAUGUCAGUGCAACAGUUCCCGCGUUGGCAGUGUUCUUGGGUGUUAAUCUUCACACUCCAGUUAC